AGUCAUACUGCAAUCUGAAAGAGGAAAAAAAGCAGUGCUGAAGUGAGUAAGGAAUGGCCUGUGUAGGAAAGGUGCGGUGCUAAGCGAUGCUUACUCUUUAUACCCUAGAGAAAAAGCUGCCUGUCAAACUUGGAGUAAAACAAAUGUAAAGGAGUCCUCCUCCCCAAAGUGAGUUGGAAGGAUCUGACACUGAAUCAAGACCCACGUUUCCCACCUGAAUUUGCUCCUGUAUCACAUUUAAGCCAUUUCACACCAGGGUUUUCAUUCUUUCAGGUUCCCAACAAAAAGGCAUCCACCUGGCUAAGAAGAAAGCUUCGAAAUGGGAAACGAAGCUCAGCCUUUAUAAAAAGUCACUCCAAAACACCAUCUCUUACUCCCAUUCUUCUUCUUUCUCCAAGACACCAGGUCAGUCCCUGUAGGAUCACUGGAGUUCAGGGGAGCUCAUCAGUGAAACUCCCUGGUGCUCCUAUACCUGGAACUGCCAUUUUCCCCUAUGUUCCUCUUCAGUGUCCAGGAGCUGUGCUACCUCCCCAUUGAGAUUCGUUGUUCCUUUGUACAAAACCAAACCCUACCAUUCUCCUUGGACCAGCCAAGGAUCCAUCUGUCUUCCGAAGUACAUGGGGAUCUCUGGCAUCCUCCCCCAAGCUGGUUGCUUUGAGAAGCUAAAGUGGUCUAAAGUUGCAUCAUUUUGUGGAAGUGAGUGAUUUCUUUUUCAUUGUGUUCUUGCCUUCUAUGAGAUUUGACUGCGUUGACCUCCUCUUACAAAAGCUUUGCUUUGUAUUAAAUGUAUUUUGUCAGUUUUUCCCUUGCCCUCAUCACAGAUCUGAUUUAACUCAAUUUUUGCCAUAUUGAAAAACAAGAGAUAACUUUGGCCCAUGUGGCCAUGAGAGUGUUGGGACUUCUCUCCUUGUUCAGCAGCAAGAGGCAGUGUACUAACACAGACCUUGUUCCACACCAGUGAGGUCAUGGGCAGCCCGCAGAAGCUGGAAGUGGCAGAAGUGUUGCUACAACAGGUUUCCUAUCCGGUGCAAAGGAUUCUUGUACCCGUAAAAAGGGUGAGUGUUGGGAAUGGUGCCUGGGUGGGGACUACAAGCAUGUAAUUGGAAGCGAUAAUGAUCAAGACAAAACACCCAUUGGGAGGUAGCUUUUACAAUGAUGGUUAGGUCUUAACGUUCCAAGAAAUUGAUUGAAAAUCCCUUACACAAGAGUUUGCCAAUUCCCAUUGCUGCUUCUCCCAGCUGAGCUUUUCUCUCUUUCAGCCAUUUCCAGCAACGUCCUGAAUCCAGUCAGGAUUCCCUAUGGAUCUUACCAGCCUUUCCUUCAGGCUGGGAAGCUGCAGAUUCUCAGGACCCCCUCAGCCCUCUGCAGAGGUUCUGGUGCAGCUCGGUUCUAUCUCAACCAGUGCAACUCAGUGUUUCCACACCUGCAGGCGACAGGCGACACCACACAUAGCAGUGCACAGGACAGGCUGUAAAGGACCCACAGCAAUCAGCCAGGAUGAGCUGCUCCCUUCACUGCCCAGGAAUUUCUGGCUGUAGCACGCUCCAGUUGCAGAUACACCCAGGCAGGGUUGUGCUGAGAGCCAAGAACUGGCUUCCCCCUCCUGCAAGGUUAGCAGCUCUUUUCUGUUAGGAAAGCACAGUAUCUUACAUGCUAAAUCGAAUGUUGAUCUGUGAACCUUCAGUACUUCAAGCACUUUCUUCAGCUAAAGUGUUUUCUGUAUCAGACCCAAGUGCUCUGCAGUUUCUAUCUCUGUUCAUACACGACAGAUAACAGCCACUGGGUAUCUACCAGCCAAAAAGAAGCCAGUUCUGCUUUCCCGAGGGAGGAAGGCCCCUCUGCAACACUGCAGGCUGUGAGCGCAUGGACUCCUCACAGACACAGAGAAGGGACUGCUCAAUACACCCUCCUGUGUUGUCACACUGCAAGAGAGAACCUGGAAAUGGCAGGGUUAUGCUGCUGGCCGGUUACUGUCUGCUCUUCACUGAACAUUAAAGCUCCCAAAGUCUUAAUGGGACUUUACUUGCAUUUAGUAAUAAAUGGCAACUGCUUAUGAAGGGUAGCUUCUGAAUUCGGCUGCCUGCUCUUCCCUUUCCAUAGCUGAUGCUGUUUUCAGGAAGGUAUCAGCUUUUAGAUACGUGUUGGUGAUGUUCAGAUUUGGGGUUUUUUAUCAGCGCUUUUUUCUUUUCUAAAUGGCCUCCUGUGCAAAUUUAACUUGGUUUCUUCAUAAAAAGAAAGAAAAUCCAUGCAGGGAUGUUUGGCAAUGUGUUUCUGGUAAGUGAUGUCACCAGUAAGGCACACCUGCCUUAACCCUGCUCAGUGUCCUGGUCUUGAGCUGUGGCUCCCCAGCUCAGCCCGGGUAGAGCCAGGGACAUCCCCAGAGAGGCUCCGGGAGCUGGGAGCUGCUGCCCUGCCCAGGGUUGGAAAGGAGCCGAGGUCUGUGGAAAGCCAAGAGCAGCUCCAGCAGCUCUGCCCUGGUUUGCUGGAAGCUUGUGUUGCUCCAGGUCCAAGCCUUGCGGUGUGAGCACACACAGAGCAGCAUGGGUCAGGCUCCCCUCUGUGCUGUCGCUUCGGCCGUCACCAUCUGCUUGGCCUGAUUCCUGCAGCACGGGGAAAGGAUGUCAGGGCAAGAUAAAGCCAGUGGCCCUUGCUGGCUCCAGCUGAGCAGGGCAGAGCCGCUAUCACAGGGCUCAGCUGCUGGGGCAGCUCCAGAGCAGGAGGUUUUGGUGCUUGGGCCGUUACUGGGUCAAAAUGGGGCAGUAAAUGGGGGCAGGGGAUGGGCUGAGCCUGAUGGUUUGGGGAGGUAGAGAUGCUCCUGCAUGGCCUCAGGCAGGAAAACAGCCUGGUUCAAUGGGUUCAUCUGGGCUCUGUUGAGGGGAUUCCACUGGGUUGAACCUCGAGCACUUGGUUCUGAGUACGUCAGAACCCAGCCACUCCCUGAAACUCAAGUGUUACAAGAGCUCUUUGCCAAAUACUUGUGCACAUCUUGCCCUCCCUUGCUGAGGUCAUUGCUGACAGCUCUUACAAGAGAAUUCCCCUACAUUUAACACCACCUUUUUCCUCUUAGCAACCUCCUGUUGUAUUAUGCAGCCACCAUCCCAGCUCGGUGACCAGUGACCUGUAAAUGUAUGUGGCCAAGACAUCUCCAUAUGACCUGCCAGCGUGGUCACAAGGAAGUGUUUGAAAGGAAUAUGUUAUCCAGGCUACUUGACUCCUCCCUCAUGAAAACAUCUCUUGGCCUCGUUGCAGAAAAACCUCUCUUCAGGGAAGCCUCUUCCUAGGGACAGGCAGGUGAUGCUUGGAACUGGUUUGGGAGCCGGUGAUCCGCAGAGGCUCAGUGCCCCAUCCCAGACAUCUCCCAUGGACAGCUGGGACCUGCACAGAACUUCACCUCGAGCAGCACAGCCAUGCUCACGUGCGACCCCGGCUACGUGCCCCUGGGUGCCACCAGCACCGUGCGGUGCCUGGCCAGCGGCAGAUGGUACCCACGGGUGCCCAGCUGCAUCCCAGGUGACUGUGGGCCACUGCCAACCAUAAGCAAUGCAGAGCCCCCGGAGGACCCUCAACACCGGGAAAGCUUCAGCGUCGGCUCCAUGGUAACGUACAGAUGCCGUGCGGGUUACACGAAGCUCCCCUUGCGCUCAGACACCAUCCAGUGCCUUGCCACCUCCCAGUGGUCCAACCUCCCGGAGUUCUGUGGGCGCAGCUGCCCCAGCCCACCCCGGGUGCUUUUUGCUAAAGUAUCACAACAAGAUGAAACCCAGAAUUUCUAUGGUGUUGGUACCACAGUGAAGUACGGUUGCCGCCCAGGCUACAGGAACACCACAGACCAGCUCCCCACCAGCACGUGCCUUGACAACUUAACAUGGUCAGAGGUUCCUCAGCUGUGCCAGAGGAAAUCUUGUGGUAUUCCAGCAAAUCCAGAACAUGGCAAAGUUAUUGCCAAUGAUCAUCUGCUGGGUGCAAGAGCAGAUGUAGUCUGUAACCAUGGGUACACGUUAAAGGGAGAGUCACCUCUCAUCCGGUGUUCCAUAAGGGAAGGGGAUGUUGCCUGGAGCCAAAUCCCAGCUUGCCAGGCUCUUUCUUGUCCUCCACCUCCAGCUAUUCCUAAUGGGAAGCAUAACAGCAGCAGGACAGAGGAGUUCACAUACAGCUCAGUCGUGAUGUACACGUGUGACCCUGGGCUCCAGCUUGUGGGGAAUGAGACCCUUCACUGUACAACAGAGAACGGGGUCAAUGGUGUCUGGAGCGGGCCUCCUCCGGAAUGCAGGGUGAGCACUAUGGCAGCAGCAAACCAAACCAAACCCUCGGAAGAAAAGACAGCAGAGAAUCCCCCCUGGCUAGGUAAGAGUCCAGGAGAGACUUUCUGCCUCAGAGACCUUUUAAUUGCACUCACUGCACGCACAUCAGGUCCCGGUAACUCCACACACUGUUGUUGCUGCCUUUGUUGCUUUGUGCAUCCAUCUUCCACUUUCUAAAGGGGUUGCACAGACUUAUUCCCUGGUCCUAUCCCCUUCUCUCUCUGGUGCCAACUGCGUGACCACUUGGCUGAUGUGAUGCAGGGUUGGAUUUGGAUGCUUGGAUCUCCCUCUGUGCAGCCAAAUAUUUCAGUAGAACCCACUGAUGUUAUCUUGGCUGUAUUUGGAUGUUGAUGAGGGUGGAGGUAGCCUGGGGCUAUGGACCUCAGCUCCACAGUAGGGUGAGGGACUCAAGAGGAGCAUAAUGAUGAGCAUAGUUAAUGACAGAUCGGUUUAGAGCAUUCUGUCAUCUCAGCAGUGCUGUGGUUUUCUGGGUUUGAAUAACAUCAUUCUGUGAACAAGAAUUCAGCCCCCCCUGUUUAGUUAGCUGCAUUGUUGGCUUCAUUUUAUUAACAUCAGUGUCAUUGGUUUUUUCCCUAGCAAGCGUCCUCAUCCCCAGUUGCAUUGGUAAGUAGUUUAAAACUGAAAAUACACUUCUCGAACCCAAAGCUGUUAUUUGCUGUUCAAUCCUUGGAGUCAGUGGUUUUGGUUUGUUCAUUUCCUUAGCACUGAGAGACUCUGGUCAGGAUUCAGGUGGGGGACCUUAAGAUCAUCUAAUGCAGCAGCAUUGGCUCGAUUAUGUCUUAGUAUAAAACACUGCAUCAAUUGAGGAUGACAUGAAAGGAGCCAAAGAAGCCAGUGUGGGAUGCAAACCAAAACCUGUACAUCCUGAAUGCAUAAAGCUGCUUUA